UUGGUGUUAGUGGAAUAUAGGCUGCAAUGGUCCAAUGUCCAUCCUGACGAUUAUUUACACAGCCCAUUUUUUUUUUUUAAAUGGAUCAAGUCUACACACUGUUUAACCUUCAUAAGCAUAAGCCGUGAGGUUUUCUCUUUGCAGGUUAUCAGGACUGACUUGCAUGUUUGUGUUGUUCACAGUUUAUGACAUGGGCACUGGAUAGGUGGCUUAUUUUAGCAUCGGUGCAACAAACCUGAUAGCCUCUCCAAAUUUGAUGUUAGAGUUUUAGCAGUGAUUGCCGAAGCACUCAAUAGGAAUGGCAUACAAGGUGCUGCAACAUAGCAUACCAUGUAUGGUGAAGAUGCUACAGAGAGCACCUGGGAUCUGGGGUAGGGGAGAGAUACUGCGUAUCAUCAGCAAUCGACAUGCUAGCUCCUCUACCUUAGACCUCAGUGGCAUUCUCCCACCUAUUGCCACCCCAUUCAACGAUGAUGAAAGCAUUGCUUUUGACAAGCUGGAGGAGAAUGUGAAAAAGUGGAAUGCCAUUUCCUUUAAAGGCUAUGUUGUACAAGGUUCCACAGGAGAGUUCCCUUACCUGUCUAAAGAAGAACGCGUAAAUCUUGUACGAUUUGUUCGGAAAAUUGCUCCAAAAGAGAAGCUUAUUAUUGGUGGCUCUGGUUGUGAAUCCACCGCUGACACCAUUGAACUGACUGCCAAAAUGGCUGAAGCUGGAGCAGAUGCUGUAAUGGUUGUGACACCUUGCUACUACAAAGCAAGCAUGACCAACGAUGCGAUGGUGGCUCAUUAUACAAAGGUAGCAGAUAACAGCCCAGUUCCAGUUAUUCUCUAUAGUGUUCCAGGGAACACAGCAUAUGACCUGGCACCAGAAGCAGUUUUCAGACUAGCUCCACAUCCUAACAUUAUAGGCAUGAAAGAAAGCGGUGGUGAUAUAACCAAGAUAGGGACUAUGGUUUUCAAGACAAAAGAUACUGACUUCCAGAUAUUGGCAGGAUCAGCUGGAUUCUUGUACUCAUCAUAUGCGAUGGGUUGUGUUGGGGGUGUAUGCUCUUUGGCAAAUGUUCUUGGACCAGCACUGUGCUCUCUUGGGGAAUUUUUCAAGAAAGGUGAUCUAGCUGCUGCUCAGAGACUACAGCAAAGGCUGAUUAGUCCAAAUGCAUGUGUGACUCGCCGAUUUGGUAUCCCAGGUCUUAAGGCAGCUAUGGAUGCACUGGGUUACUAUGGUGGACCAACACGCUUGCCCAUGCUUCCAGUUUCCGAGAAAGAUCGGGCAACUAUAAUUCAAGUCUUUGCAGAGUCAGGAUUCAUGUGAAAAGAGCCAUAGAUGGUAAGCAGCCCUACUGCCAGCAUAAAUUCCAGAUGUAGGAUCAUAGUACAGCAAUUUGUGGCUUGUGUUUUAUUGUGGAGAAAGCUGGAAAAACACUACCUAAGAAAAGAAGUGUUGGAAAGAUUUGGUGGUAAACCCAGAAUGCUAUUUUGAAGACCAUUGAGAAUCUAUACAAAAAUUAGAAAACUUUGAAUCAUGAACUUGUAUUUCUGGAUCUAAUUGUGGUAGGUCUCGUAUAUUGUUUCAUGUAUGAAUGGUGUCUUGUGUCUGAUGUCUUGAGUGCGUCAUUUGUUCCUCAUCACUUUGGGCACAUAUAUAAGUUAUGUAUAAGAAAAGCCUUUGUCCGCCAUCUUCUUUAUAACUCUCUUAGGGACAUUCUCUGAACUUGUGCCUCUUCGAUUCACCUACAAAUCUCUUCAUCCUUAUCUGCAGGGGUUUGUCGAGCUUUGUGUUGUGUGUGUCGUGCAUAUGAAAGGUAAGUGUACGCAGUGUUUGUAUGGCGUAAAUGAAAUUUCAUGUGUGCUUUCAAAAUCCUCUCCUACUCUUAGAAGUUUAAAAAUUUAACAAUGAGAUGCAGGAAGCUUUGAGCUUACCCUGGACUUAACCCUCAUCAAAAGUACACAUUUUAGAUAUGAAGAAAUUUCAGUCACUUACUGUUUGUAAAUAAACUCAUUAAAAUACUG